UGGCCGCUGUAUGAGCGCGGCGCCUGCGCUGUGCGGUGCGACGGGCGGGGCGAGCUGUGAGCGUGGAGCCGGAGCGGAGUCAGUGCGGGCGGUGGGUGCUCCCGCCAUGUCCAGAGAGACAAGGAGCGAUGUGCAGCACUCACAGGGCACGCAGCCAUCGCAGGGCGGAACCAGCUCCUCCUCCAGCGCCUCGCAGGGCGCCAGCCAGUCCUCGUCCAGCUCCGGCACGCUCAGCUCUCUGGACACGGUGCCCACGCAGGAGCUGCCCUCCAUCCCCGAGGACCCGGAACCCGACGAGCUCGUUCCCCAGCCCUGGGGUCGGCUCUUCGCGCUCGGAAAAGGUUUCAGCAAUUGGGACUGUGUCAAUGACGAGUACUGGUUCGGAAGAGACAAAAGCUGUGAUUACAGUUUUUCUAAGCUCGGAUUAUCUGAAACUGGGUUUUACCAGAACUACAGCAAGAAGCACUUCCGAAUAUUCAGGGAAACAGGACCAAAAAACUCCCACGUUGCCUACAUUGAAGACCACAGCGCAAAUGGAACGUUCAUUAACAGAGAGCUCAUUGGGAAGGGGAAGAGGCUGCCGCUGACUCAUAACUCGGAAAUCGCACUAUGUAUUCAGACUAACAAGGUGUUUGUCUUUUCUGACCUCACGGUGGAUGACCAGCUGGUGUUUCCUAGAGAGCUCCGAGAGAAGUACAUCAUGUCCAAGACGUUGGGAAGCGGUGCCUGUGGAGAAGUCAAACUGGCAUUUGAGAAGAGCACUUGUAAUAAAGUUGCAGUAAAGAUCAUCAACAAGCGGAAGUUUAUGGCCAGUGGUGUUAGAGAGGCAAGCCCAGCUUUUAACAUCAACACAGAAAUAGAGAUUUUGAAGAAAAUAGAUCAUCCUUGCUUAAUCAAGAUCAAAAACUUCUUUGAAGCGGAGGAUUACUACAUUGUUUUGGAACUGAUGGAAGGAGGAGAAUUGUAUGACAGAGUGUCAAGGCCAAUCAAGAUGAAAGAAGCUACCUGCAAGUUGUACUUUUAUCAGAUGCUGCUGGCUGUGAAGUAUCUUCAUGACAAUGGAAUCAUACACCGCGACCUGAAGCCAGAGAAUGUGCUGCUUUCAUCCUGUGAAGAGACGUGUCUGAUAAAGAUUACAGAUUUUGGACAAUCCAAGAUUCUUGGAGAAACUUCUCUUAUGAAAACAUUAUGUGGUACUCCCACGUAUCUUGCUCCUGAGGUUCUAAAUUCACUUGGGACCACUGGAUACAGCCGAGCUGUGGACUGCUGGAGUUUAGGAGUUAUUCUUUUUGUAUGCUUGUGUGGAUAUCCACCAUUUAGUGAGCAAAAUACUCAGCUAUCUCUGAAAGACCAAAUCACUCGUGGGGAAUACACAUUCAUCUCAAAAGAAUGGAAACACGUAUCCAACACGGCUCUGGAUCUUGUGAAGAAGCUGCUGGUAGUGGAUCCAAGCAAACGUUUUACGAUAGAGGAAGCCUUAGAGCAUCCCUGGCUUCAGGAUGAGGAUAUGAAAAAUACAUUUCAACAACUACUUGCUCAGACAGGUGCCACUAUGAAUCCACCACAAACAUCAAAAAUGCCGAUUGCUAUGAGAAAACGUCUCCAUGAAAACGAGGAUGAAUCUGUCCCUUCGAAGCGUGUGGCUCCUUCUACGUCAUUUCAGAAAAUGAGGAUGGACUGAAUAAGAAACGUGGUAACCAUCUUCCUUACAUCAUUGGAUAAGCUCCUGUAAGAGAAGAACAAGGAAUUAAACUGUGGAACAAUUUAAAAUGUUCUUGUCUGUUAAGUGGAAAAGUUUUUGGACUGUGCGCCAAUUGCUAGAGGAUAUGAAUUUAAUUAUUUAGUAAGAGGGAGCGAUUUAAUAACUUUGGCCUAAAACCACGCAUGUUAUGAUUAGAGGCAUUUACUGUAAAUGGAUUAGGAGAGAAUAAAACCUAAUCCAUUACAAAACAAA